CCUGGCGUUCCAUCGGCCCGAGCGGGCGCGAGAGGCGGCGGCUGCUGCGCCUGGGAAGGAGGCGGAGGAAGCGGCAGCGGCAGCAGCAGGAGCAGCAGGAGGGGAGAGGCAGGAAGGAAGCGGCCGCCUGCGAGCUCCGUGGUCAUCUGAUCGCAGCCCAGCGUCCGGCCGGGAGAGGGACGGAGGGCGACAGCCGCACAGCCGCGAGACCCGCCUGGCCUCCCUCCCCUUGCAGAUGCGCCCUGCGCCCCUUCCCCAGCCUGAGCCUCCCCUUCCCCCGAUCCUUCAUUGAUUCCCGAGAUCCGGGGUUUCCUCGUGCUUCCAGACCCGGCACAUCUCUCCCUCCCUUUCUCGCCUGUUUUCGUGGCUCUCCUCCUCUCUCUCUCUCUCUCUCUCUCUCCCCGCCCCAGCGAAUGUUAGGAAAAGAAAAGGCUGCCAGGUCAUUUGGAGAGAAACUUUAAGGUCCUUCCGAUUGGCUUAGAUCCCUUAGGUGGGGGCGAAACUCCCUGCUUUAUUUGACCCUCGUUCUCCCCCCCACCCCUUUCUCUUAUUUCACUAACCACCUCUCUCUUCUUCCCACCCCAAUUGAAAGUAUCGGUCAAUGUCUGGUUGUCACCCCUCUGUUUUACCAUUUAUUUUUGGAUACAGGAAGGCUUUUGGAAGGACCUAAAUUCCCCUUCUUUUCUGGAUAUAUAUAUUUUAAAAUAAUUUCUCUGGUCCUUAAUCAGUUCAUUCCUUUUUCCUUUUUUUGGCAGAACCACAAAUUUUGGUCUGAGGAUUUGUAUUUUCCCCUCUGGGUUUCCUUUUUUUUAAUUUUAAAAGCCACCUUUUGGAAUAAAUCUUCUGUCCUGUAUUAUUAUUUUUUUGGAAAGUUCUGAAUUACUUAUUUCCUUUGGAGACCUCAGCGUCAAGCUCUUUGUAAACUGCAACACCCUUUGGCACCCUGCAUCUGAAUGUGGGAAAAACAGCUCCUUUGGAAAAAUAUAUAUAUAUUCUGUCAUUUCCUGGUGCUUUUUUCACCUUCCUAAUCUUUUUGCUCUGUCCCAUCCCAUCAGAGGAAGCCUGAGGUCUGAAUAAACUGUGGAUCUGUGCUACAUCUGUGGACUGCCCUCUCUUUUAAAAAUCCAAAAACGGCGGAUACGCUUUCGACACUGCAUUCUACAGAUUGUUGACAUAGGAAGAAACUCUCUUGGCAGGCUCCAGCGGGUUCCUUUUUGUCAUUUGACUUUAAGGAAGCAAAGAUCUGGAAAGAGAAGUUUGUAACAUCUGCGCUCCAGAAAAAAACAACCCUGGAGGGACUUUUGGCAGAAAGACAGCCUUAAACUUUCUCAUUUCCGAGGAAACAACUGCGUUGUCAAAUCGACCUGAUCUUGCAUUUGGAAGUUUUUCAGGAUCUUCUGGACACGGGAGGAAAAGAGACUGGCAUGCUCAACACCCUGUCCUGAUUAACUGCAAUGGGGCAUUGAGGCAGAACAAAUUUCCCACUGGAAAGUGUGGGAGUGAGUGGAGAAUCCCUGCAGGGAGCGUGAAAGACACAGGAGGAGGAGCUGACCCAGCACAUGAAUGGCUGCCAAGGAUUAUGACCACUUGUUCAAGCUACUCAUCAUUGGGGACUCUGGUAAGCCUUGGCUCGCUUUCCCUUGUUCCCCAAGUCUUCCAUUUUCUCUUCUCUUCCCCCCAAACCCACUUUUUCAUCUUAUUAUAUUUGGCUGUUCUGUCUCCUGCUGUCUUUUUCAUUCCUCUUUAACUAUGCUCCUCUCUCUAAACUCAUCUCAUUCUUUUCAGUUUUCAUUCCACACUCUUCUUUUAACAUGUUUCUCCUUAUCUGUUUGUUUAAAUAGUCUUGGUUUCUUGCAUCUUUUCCCUCCUUUGGUCUUCCACCUUGUUUCAUAUAUUCCAAUUGGUUAUCGGUUCAGCAUCCCCUCCGCCCCCACUUAAGCCUAUUCCUUGUCAUUCUUCCUCUUUGUACUCUUGUUUUUUGUUGUUAUUCCCACAGCUCUUUCCUUGUUUCUCUUUCAUACCUGCAAACAUCCUCAUGCAAUAUAAAUGUGCACAAGGUAAUAAAAAGGUUACUUUUUAAUGAAUUUGGAAGUAACUGUGAUAGGACUGAUAGCGCUCUCUUGCCUUGUAACUUUACCCCGUUAGUAUCUGGCUUUAUAUUGCCUUCUCUCACUAUUUUAGCAUCCCAUAAUCCCAUGGAGACUUAUCUUGUGGGAAGCUUACUCACAGUGUACCAAGAGCUUAUUCUGGCUGCAUGGCAAGCGUGCAGAAGCAGUUUUUUCCACGAGUCUCCCUUGUGCUAAUUUCUAGGAUUCCCAGCAUCCUUUGGGGCCUAGUUGCGCUAACCUGUGAGGGUUGCCACCUAGAAACAUUCACACAUAGUUUUUUUCGGGGGGGGGAGGAGAAAAACAAGGUGUAUGAGUUUGCCUGAGCUGCUACUUGGUAGGAGGAAAUUAUAGUACUUAUACUAAAGCUAACCAAGAAUGAUGCUUCUCAAAAUGGCUUCCCAGAAUGCUCCUGACUAAGUCAUUCUAUAUACCUGGGUAUGUUUCCAAUACUCUUCACAUUCAUUCAAAUUUAGCCUGCUAUACUUCAGGCCCUGGUCAGCAACUUGCUCUCUUUGCAUCUUUCUUAAGACUUCCAACUUGGGCACAUUCAUACAUUUAAAGCACUGUGAGACCACUUUAAACAGUUAUGGCUUCCCCCAGAGAAUUCUGGGAGCGGUAGUUUGUUAAGCAUGCUGAGAGUUACAAGUCCCAGAGUUCCAUGGGAAGAGGCAUUAAAACACUCCUGAGAAUUAUAGCCCUGGGAGGGGAAUAGGGGGCCUCCUAACAACUCUUGGCAUGCUUAACAGAGACCCUCUAUUCCAGGCAUCCCCAACCUCCAGCCCUCCAGAUGUUUUGGACUACAAUUCCCAUCAUCCUUGACCACUGGUCCUGUUAGCUAGGGAUCAUGGGAGUUGUAGGCCAAAACAUCUGGAGGGCCGCAGGUUGGGGAUGCCUGCUCUAUUCCCUGGGGGGUACGAUUCUCAGAGUGGUUUAACAGGCAAUGCCUCUUCCCAAGGAACUCUGGGAAUUUUAAUUUGGGGGAGAGGAAUAAAAGGUCUCCUAACAACUCUCAGCAGCCUUAAACUACAGAUCCCAGAAUUCUCUGGGGGAAGCCAUGGCUGUUUAAAGUGGCAUCACAGCCUUUUAAAUGAUAGACUCAUAGAAUUGGAAGGGACCACAAGGGUCAUAUAGUCCAACCCCCUACAAUGCAGGAAUCUUUCACCCAAUGUGGGGCUUGAACCCACAACCCCGAGAUUGUCAACUGAGCUAUUGCAGCCCAAGUUGGAAUACACCCCCAUUAAAAGAAUGGACCUCAGUUAGUCUUUCCAUACUCUUAGUAUACGACUGGAUACAACCCUUAGUAGCUUGGGGAAGGGAGGGCUCCUAGUUGCUAAGCCAUUGUUUAAAAUGGGGGUGGGAAGCCUGUGUCCUCCCCAGAUAUGGUUGGACUCCAUCUCCCAUAAGCCAGAGCUUUCAUGGCCAAUGGUCAGGAAUGAUGGGAGUUGUAGUCCAGCAACAUAUGAAGGCCCUCAGGUUAGCCAGCCAUGGUUUUAAAGCAGUACCUAUUCACCAAAUGCAUACACAACAUGGUUAAGAAAGGUCUUUUAGACUUCAGUGCUACACCUACAUAUCUAGGAGUAAGCCCAACGUGAUUCAUGGGACUGACUUCUGAGAAAUGUUACCUUACUUUUUAAAUCCCCUCCAAAAAAAGGUGGCAAACCAUUCUGUUCAACCCAUUGCAGUUCCCCUGCAGUGUUCUUGAGCCCUGAUCUCCUGCCAUCAGUUCCAAAAAAAUAAUUGGAACCAAAACUCAUAAACUUUGCUACCGAGUCCUGUGUGUCUCAUAUCACAUUUUUUGAGGCGGUCUUGUGAAUGCCGACUUCUUCCACAGAAAUGGAAACAGCUACUAGCAAAUAAUAUCUAUAUUUCUAGUUCCCCAAGCGGCUUGCUGUCACUCAAAUUCAACACACGAGGUUGCUUGUGGGUGUUUUGUACACCGAUGAAAAUGAGAGACAAGCCCUGUCCUCGGGGUUACAAGACUUUGGUGAGGGAAGUGGAAGAAAAAAGUGGAAGAGGAAGGGGAUCAGUUUGACAGUGAGCGAAGAGAUGAAUUACGAUCAGGCUGGGGCUUGGCUGAUCCCCCCCCCCCCCCAUUGACGGUAUUCUUUGCUUGGAAAGGAGUUGUGCAACUGACCCGGCAGUCCUUGUUCCUUGAAUGGGGUGAGGUGGAGAGGGCGCCUCCCCCUUUGCCUCUGCAGUCACAGGUCCACUGAUAGCUGGAACAGAGCUCUUUCUGAGGCACCGGGUUGGGGGAAGAGAAGCCAGCUCCUUGCAGCUGUUCUCUGAUGGCUGGAGCCAGGCCUGUCUCCUUGCUGUGGUGGUUUUCCUGCAAAGGGGUGGAUGCAAUUCUCUUCUCGCUGGUAGCAAAGCAGCUUCCCCCUUCUGAUCUCGCCUCCCCAGCCUUCUCUCCUUCAGGUUGCACACAAAGAGCUCCGCCAAUCAUUCCUAUGCAGCUUCUUGGCAUUUAAAGUCCUCUAUUGCUUCCUGCUGCGAGGCCUUGUCUCGUUUGAUAUUUAUCUUUGUUUCAUUUUUCAUGCAGUUCCAGACUGGAUGUGAAUACGCAUGUGGGAAGCUGCCUUUCCCUGCCUCUGGCAGUGCUGGCUCUCAGUCAGUAUUGGUUGCACUGGCUGGCAGCGGCUUUUUGGGGUUUCAGGCGGGAGCCCUUCCCAGCCCUGUGUGUUUCAGGGUUGAGCCUAGGGCUUCCCAAAUUCCAAGCGCGUGCUGAGAUUUAAAAUGCAUCAAAAGCCCAAAGCGGUUGAAGGAAAGAAGCAAGGAGGUGGCGGCUCUGGAAGGAAUCCUGUUGUUGUAGCAGUUUGCUGUGCAGAGGGAAAAAAGGAUUUGCACGAUUCCCUGCCCCAGCCUGCUUACAGUCACACGUGGUAGGAGGUAGAAGUGACUUGGAAUUAAACCAGCACCUCUGUCUACUGGUUCGUUAAGGCAGACAUAAUUUACUAGCCAUAGCAUCUGGCUGUACAACUGGCAGGUCUGGUUGCUUGGGAGGGGGCUUCCCCCCACGGAAUAAAUUCGGAAAUCAGGUGAAAUUCUGGGGCUCAGAAAUAGGGUUAAAAGGGGUUAGUGUGGCACCUGCAUUCUUGAGGCCUUUAUGUCUCAUGCGUGCACCUGCUGAUGUAAUUAAAUACCUGAAGGUAGUUAGAGCUUUCCCAGCUGACCAGGGCUGGCAGGCAGAAGGCCUGAUUCGAUCAGAAAGGGGGAAAGGGAUUCACCAGCCAGGAGUGUUCCCAUGUAUGCGUGGUACUUCUGAGGUAUCCUGAUGGAACCAGAGAAGUAAAAUUCCAGUCUCUGGAAAAUGUUCUGGAUUUUUCCCGGAAGUCCCAAAUUGCAAUCUGGUUUAGUAAACAAAAGCCAUGGGGCUCACUUGCAGAGAGCUAUUCACAACAUGGAAGCUGCCUUGGACUGGCGUUCUACCCCAUUCCUUAGGCUCCUACUUUUUUCUUUUUCAGUGAAACAAUGAUUUUAAUUAACGACACUUUUCCGGGGACGGAAAUACCCAAUAGGUAAUUUUCUACCCCACAUGGUGAUGUCAGUAUUGACGGACAACCACCGAGGGGGGUCAGGGGGAAUGUGUCACUUUUUGCCUCUAGCAAGAGCCUGGCUACUCUCAUUACACGAAUUGCAUGAAAAGUAAGCCUGCUUUGGUUUGAUCAUGAGCAUCUUUGAGAAUCGCUUGGAGAAAUGGGGGGAAGGAUGAAAGAGGGGUUAGUACAGCUUCUUUGUUUCCCAUCUUCUCCUGCUCCAAAUCCCUAGGAAAAUCCUCCUCUGAAGGUGAUGAGAAUACAAGUGCAUAGAUGCUGAGCAGUGGCUCUGAUCCCCUCCAGCUUUCUCUGGGGAACCUUUGGAGCCUGCCUUUGGAGACACACAACUGGUAGCUGCUUCUCUCUCCCCCUCCUCCUGCCCCAGUUUCUAUUCCCUUCUACACAUAGUCAGUGUGAGCACUGAGCAUGCUCUGUCCCUAUUGGGUUGCCUUUGUAGGUGUUUUCCCCUAAAUGGCUGGUGUUCUAAUUUUGGUACUUCUGCAAACUUUUGAAUUCUCCUUUACCUGCUGAUACAUCAUUUUUUAAAUGGCCUUGUUUUGGCUACAGCCCUGUCGGCACCCACCAGCCAAGUUUGCCACUCAGUGAUGCUUCCCAAGUGAUCUCCAUCACCUACUGAUGCUAACCCUGGGUUAACUACGCAUUCUUCCCUUGCUCACCUCCAUCUCCUCCUCCUUUCUCUGUGGCCACUUCUUUGCCAAAUUGCAAAUUUUAAGCUUCUCUGGGCAAAGACUUCCUGUUUUGUGUUUCUUUGUAGAACGCUAGGUGCAGGGAUGGCAGUAUAACAAGCCCACCGUAGAAGCCUUAAAAGCCUCCGGGCCGUCUCCUCCCAUACAAGCAUGUUUAUGGGUUAAUAUAGGGAUACCUUUAAAGCCCUAAAUGGCCUCGGUCCAGUAUACCUGAAGGAGCGUCUCCACCCCCAUCGUUCUGCCCGGACACUGAGGUCCAGCGCCGAGGGCCUUCUGGCGGUUCCCUCAUUGCGAGAAGUGAGGUUACAGGGAAGCAGGCAGAGGGCCUUCUCUGUAGUGGCGCCCGCCCUGUGGAACGCUUUCCCAUCAGAUGUCAAGGAAAUAAACAACUAUCUGACAUUUAGAAGACAUCUGAAGGCAGCCCUGUUCAGGGAAGUUUUUAAUGUGUGACAUUUUAAUGUAUUUUUUAAUCUUUGUUGGAAGCCGCCCAGAGUAGCAGGGGAAACUCAGCCAGAUGGGCAGGGUACAAAUAAUAAUUAUCUCCAGGUCUUCUCUGUUUCAUCUUUAGAGGUGCAUUUGGCAGGACAAUACUUUUAAAGCUCUCUUAUACCACUUUGACAGUCAUGGAGGAUCCUGGGAACUGUAGUUUAAGGGUGCUCUGAAUUGUAGGUCUCUGGGGGAAGCCAUGACUGUUAUGGUGUAAGAGUUUAAAUGAAUGGUGUGGAUGUGACCUGAUAUUUUCGUCUCAUGAAGAUCUUUUUGUAAAAAAAGAAUUGGGAACCUUUUGGUUUUGGGCAUUCCCUAAUGGUUGGUGCAGAGUUUAGGAUUCUUGGGCUGUUUCUAGGCAGGUGUUCCUUGUGGGAUCGGUGCUCCUCAUUGCAGCAUCCAUACAUCAAAAUGCCAGUCCGUAUUUCUCCCCUUUAAAUUUUGGAUUAGAAAGGUUCAGAAAAGGGCAGUCAAAAUGAUUGGGGGGAAUAGAACAACUCUCCAACAAAGAAAGGUUGCAGCAUUUCAGACUUUUUGGUUUAGAGAAACAGUGCGUAAGAGUUGACAGAAGUUGACGAAAUUAUGCAUAGCAUGAAGAAAAAGGAUAGACAAAUGUUUUUCUCAGUCUCUCCACACUAGAAUUUGUGGACAUUCAGUGAAACUAAUGUUGGAAGAUUCAGGACAGAGAAGAGAAAGCACUGAGUUACUUUGUAAAGCACAAUGUGUAUUUGUAUGAGAGAAACAAAGGUAGGGAUAUAUAUUUUCUAGAUAAAAAUGUGUAACAUGUAACCAGGCACAAAAUAGUUUAAAAGUUAUUUGUAUGCAGUAAUGGCAAGCCAAAAAAGAAAAGAAAAAAGACAGAACACCAGGUGCUAGAAAUAAGAUUUACUCCAGGUCUGAUGUAUUUUAUAAAAAACAAAAACAAAACCAAAAACCUUCCUCAGGAGCGCUGUAAAUAUAUGAGUAACAUAACACAGGAAAUCAGCUAUUAAGUACUGUACAAAAUACUGUAUAAUAAUGGGUUCCAGCUGAUAUAAAUGGUUUGUUAAUGGGGGUUUUUUUGCUUACUUCUGAGCCUCACUAAUGGGAAUUUUUGGUAGUUCUCGAUAUUUAGGAGUUGCCUCAUUUGUAUGUUUUCUGCUUUCAGCAAGGUUUUGUUAUACAUUUUGUUUACACACCUUCAAUUCCUCCACUAACUUUUUCUUUUUACAAGAGUUAGAUUGAAAACUUUUGUCUGGUAAUAUAUUCAAUACAGUGGUCCCUCUGGUUACAUACUUAAUUCAUUCCGGAGGUCCCUUCUUAACCUGAAACUGUCCUUAACCUGAAGUACUACUUUAGCUAAUGGGGCCUCCUGCUGCUGCUGCGCCACUGCUCCGCAAUUUCUGUUCUCAUCCUGAAGCAAAGUUCUUAACCCGAGGUACUAUUUCUGGGUUAGCGGAGUCUGUAACCUGAAGUGUAUGUAACCUGAAGCGUAUGUAACCUGAGGUACCACUGUAUGUGAUUGUGUGAAUGGAGGUCUCUUCAGGCAUUCAGCUGAACAUGCGAGUGCCAAACUAUGUAGGGUGUGUGCGCACGCAUUCAUGCCAGGUCUGACUCCGGUAUGGUUGUGCUUGCUCUCCCCUUGCUCAGCCACCGUGUUCUGCUUUGUAAGUCUCUUUGAGCUGCUUUUGUGGGUGGGGGGGGAGUUAAGUAAAAUUAAUUGAUGAUAAUGUUUCAUGGGGAACUCUGCAUAGGGAUUCAAUUUGCAUUUGCUCAAAUGCGAGGAAAACUCUGCGUGGUCGAGAACUCUGAUAAUGGCACCUGAAUAAGUGUUACGCAUUAUAUUUUGGACUUGCUAUCCCAUUUCUUACAUGUAUUGUUUGUAUAUUUAUACUGCCCUGAGGAAGUAUUCCUUCCCCCAAAACACUUUGGGCCUGGAAUAAAUUUCUGGCACUUGGGAUUCUUUCCUCUCUUACUGCCUGCUGUUGGUGCCACCUGGCCUUUGCGCGUAGCAAAAUGGCAACCGCGAGGGCGUCCUUCCAUUUUGGAGUGGCGCAGGGAGGCCUCUGUAUCUCCUCGAGGGCCCAAAGGCGUCACUCUGUGUACGAAGGGGGCCUGUUGAAUUUGCAACCACUUUGCAGGGAGGCCGGCGUGCAUCAGGAGCUUUAAAGUAUUGCUGUAACUCCGCUGAAGAAAGGGUGGCGGCAGAGUGGGCUUGCAAAGCUGAGGGGACAAGACACUCUUUCAGGGUCAGGUCAACAGGUGACAUCAUGCAUUAGAAGGGUUGAGUUUGUCACGUGGACACCUGUGGAGGUGGCUCUGCCCAGUUAUGCCGCAUGAGGUAAUAUUGACACGGUUACAACUGCAGCCUUGAGAGACGCCUCCCUGUCAUCCAGUUUCCUCCUCGGAGCACUCCCUCCUGCUCCAUAUCCCAUUUAUGAAUGGUGCAGUGUGCUCAGUGACUCCCCACAAAUAAAUUCACUUGUAUAUAUCCCAUUUUCUCUCUCUGCCCCACCUCCCCCCAAUGCAGAUUGUGUUCCCCGAAGUCAUGUGAGCUAAUCCAGAGUCCUCAUGCCUCCCCACCCCCCAUAAUCCCGUGCUGCUCUCUGCCCUUGAAUGGGAUACAAUAGCUUUGGGUGGGAGUGGCCGUCUUGAGCAAAUACGCCGGUCAGGUGUGUUUGCUUUGGGUGGGGAGCUGGCAACCUUUGCUGAGGUGAUUAUGUUUGCAUCAGAGGCUGUCGAAAACAAAGCUGGGAGGAUGUUAAAGAUCCAUCCUAUAUAAAGUUUGUGCAACCUGUUUCUUUUUUUCUUUUCCUGUCCAGGGGUGGGGAAAAGCAGUCUUCUACUUCGCUUUGCGGACAACACCUUCUCUGGUAAGUGCUGCCCUCUGUUCUCACUCAUUAGAUAGCCGGUGUGGGACUCGGACCCAAGAGUGACCAGGGUUCGAAUCCCCGCUCAGCUACGAAACUCAAUCUGCACCAUCAGAAUGAAGUUCAGGAGCCAAAAAGUUGUAUUGAAAAAGAUGACUUUUGAACUGUCUGCUCCCAAAAUGGCAACUAGGCACUCCAUUUUUGCGACUGUAACCCUGGUUUAAGCAGCCAUUUGGCACCUAGCUUAUUGAUAUGAGUUUCUAACGCUGGAGCCACAUAUGCCGCCUUGAGCGCUUUGGAAGAAAAUGGGAUAAAUAAAGAGCUGUUCUCAACACAGAGAUCAGGUAGGAGCCAAGACUGCCAACCUAUCAAUCAUAUUGCAACAGCGGCCAUAUUCGCUCAUUCUUUCAGCCUCUGCCUCAGGUCUUAUGAAAGGGAGAGCAGGGACGAGCCCAUUGUCCCCACUGCCUCUUGCACGUUUCCCAUUCAUGCAGCCCCUUUCCAUGUGUUGGGGGGCUGAAUGCCAGCAGAAGGGGCUACGGGAAAAGGCUCCCUAUGUAAUGUAGAACCCAGAUCUUCCUGCAGUCUUAAACCAUGCAGAGUCUGCUUGAGUAGAGCAGAGUCCUCGCUGCAGGUAUUCAGAUGAAGAUGAGACACUUGCCCAAAGCCACCCUGUGAAUCCGUGGCUAAAGGUGGGAUUAUCCCCUAGACCCAACCUGCAUCUCAGCCCAGUUUUAUCCACUGUGAUGACUGCAAUGUCCUUUGGUGUUUCAGCCACCACAUCGUAAGCGCCCUUUGACUCCAAGAAUUAUGAGUUGCCUGUUUUAUGGUCACCUGUUUCUAUCUCUGUGUUCUACAUAUUUUUAUCUUCCUGUUAUCUGUAGUUCCCCAUAUGUGUGUGUGUGUGUGUGUGUGUGUGUGUGUAUAUAUAUAUAUAUAUAUAUAUAUAUAUCGAAAUAUAUAUAUAUUUCGGGGGGGGGGGGAGUGUGAUUUCCCACUGGAAAAUUUCUAAUUUUGUUAAAUCUCCCUGCCAGUAUUUUUCUCCUCCUGUCCUCUGACUUCCCUUCCGCAUGUCUCUCUCCCAGGCAGCUAUAUCACAACCAUUGGGGUCGAUUUCAAGAUACGGACGCUAGUGAUAAAUGGAGAGCGAGUGAAACUGCAGAUCUGGGACACGGCUGGACAGGAACGGUUCCGAACCAUCACUUCCACGUAAGCAUGGCACAGAUGUGGGGUAUGCCUGGGUAUUCUAGGGGCAGGAUGGAGGGUGGAGGUGAUGUGGAUUGGCUCUGAUGCACGUAUGUGGGGAGCAAGCCACCUUGAAACUUAGUUAACAGGUGGGAUAUAAAUCCACAAUGAAAAGAUGUGGAAGGUUUGGGAUUUCUGGUUUCAGAGCAAAUAACCCUUUUUUCAUGUUUUCUGGGAGAGGCGCAGAGGUUUAUUCUAGGAUAGGGAACCCAUUUUACGGUCUUUCUUUCUCCUGUGACAGGUAUUACCGUAACACGCAUGGUGUCAUCAUCGUCUAUGAUGUGACGAACGCUGAGUCCUUUGUUAAUGUCAAGCGUUGGCUGCACGAGAUUGGGCAGAACUGUGACAGCGUCUGCAAGAUCUUGGGUGAGUGAAUCAGAGUUGAAAUCCUAGCUUCCCACAUUCAGUCGUCUAGUGUUUAACGGACAUGUGUUCACAGUAUACUGAAACCUAGUUAUCUAUGCUGAAGGCCAAAAGAUUUUCCCAAGAUGCAGUGCUCUUAUUCAUGCCAGGUCAGGUGGAAGCAGAUAAGUAUGACUUGUAUUUUAACUUUGGGAUGUACCAGUGGGUUUGGGGAACAGGAAGCCUAAGCCCUGCGGUUUAGGCUAGAAUCACACAGAAUCUCAUAGUGCAUUCUGGUUAAUCUAGGAGCAAAUAUGCACUUCUGAGCCAUCAGUGGAAGUUCUUUCUGGACUGCUGUGGCUUCAUUUGUGGAUGGAACAGGCUGUGGAGGUGAUGAUUUAACCCCCUUUAGAAAUAUUAGAAAUUGCCUAACAUUUUCUAAGCGUUGCACGUAUAUUAAGAGGCAAGAUGCUCUGCCCGCAGGCUCACAAGCAAAUAGACGUGAUACAAAAGAGAAAGGAAUGGAGAUCAAAGCAAAUGCUGGCACAGCCAAAGGAUGGUCUCCCCGCCCCCAGUGUUCUUUCUGGGAGGCAGCAGGGGGUAUAGCCUUCAUGCAGCCCUAAGUCACCUGUCUGGUGGUGCACUGUGUUCCUUCAUGCCGGGAGAAGGGAAGCACUGCAUCCUGUGUGCAGUUGCUUGGAGUGGGGUUCAGACCAUGUGCACUUAAUGGGUAGCAGGGUCUUGUGCAGAUAAUUUUCCCCCCAUCACCUCCUUUCUGAUCCUUAAAAAAAACAAAAAACUUAAGGUACCAGGGCUUGACCUUGGACUUUCCAUGUGAGAAGCAUGUGCUGUACAACUGAGCUAACGUCACAGGUGGCUUUAAAGCUUUUUCUAGGGAAAGUUGUUCCUAUCAACUUAAAUUGGUGCAAUAAAUGGCUCUCUGAUCUAACCUGACAAUCUGGUUUCUGUUGAGCGGUUGUACUGCCUUGGCUUGGUAGCUUAUGGGGCAAUUUUCCUUUGAAUACUCUGGUUUGGGAAUUAGCUGCACUCUUUUUGUCUAUACUGCUGGUACUCUUACAGUAUUUCCUCUGGUAAUAAUUAAGGCUGCUGGAUGCCUCUUUGUUGCAUUUGAUUCCGCUUCUGAUUCCUCCUCCUUCCUCUCCCCCAAAUUGUCAUCAGUGGGUAACAAAUGCGAGGACCCAUCGCGGAAGCAAGUGGAGACAGCUGACGCCCGGCGGUUCAGUGAGCAAAUGGGAGUCCGCCUCUUUGAAACCAGCGCCAAGGAAAACCUCAAUGUGGAAGAGGUAUUGGACCGGGGUGUGGGUGAGGGUGGAGACGGGAAGAAUGAAAACACACAGUACCUAUAGAGCAGGGAUGGGGAACCAAUUUGGCCCCCCAAACCACGCCCCCUUGCCCCUCAGUGAGGUCAACUGGUGGGUAGGAGGAUAGGGUUUAAUCCUGCAUUGGUUGUGAACAGGACUGCAUAGCCUAGUCGGCAGGAUUUAAUUUUGAGUCAUCAGUGAAUUAAAUAUCGGAACCUUAAAUGGGAAGUGGGGUGGGCCUCUUCCUUUUCAAGUUCCUGAUCUUGGGGACUUGAAAGAGAAGAGGGAGGUUUGCAAAAAGCCUUUGCAAGCCUCUUUGCUUGCCUUUCAGCUCCAGAGCUUGUUCUGAUCUUGAGCGUGUGGGAGAAGAGGCUUGCAAAAGGGGUUUUGAUUGGUGGGUGCCCUUGCUGCAUGUCAGUCACGAGGCACAAUAAUGUGAUUGACAGGUAGGUGCUCUCUCAGCCACCCAUCCACUUUAUCCUGCGAGGCAGAUCCUGAUAAGGAUUUGGCCUGUGGAGCCAAGAAUAUCCCCCACUCCCUAUUAGAGAAAUGCCACUGUGCCUAAUGGGUGUGUGUGUGUGUGUAUGCGCGCGCGUUGUUGGUAGGGAAAGGCAGGCUCAUCACUCUGUAUUUUUCCUCCGCUACAGAUGUUCAAUGCCAUCACAGCCAUGGUGCUCCGGACUAAACAGGAAAAUCUGGCACGGCUCCAGCAGCAGAAUGAGGUUGUCAAAAUCAACAAACCCAAAAAGAAACCCUCCGUCAAGAAAUGCUGCUGAAGGGACAGCCCCUGUGUUCUCCUCUUCCUCCCCGCCCCAAAAUCCUGAGAAUGACUGACUGGACUGUGGAAGGGCUGGUUGGGUGGGUAAAAAUAGCUGCCGUUAUGUGUGCAUGUGUGGUGGGGGAAGGGGGGGGCCUGGAAUCCUGGCGGGAGGGCACGGGGGUCUGUGUGAAAUAAUGCCCACAGCACUGGAAUGGCACUCCCCUCCCCACAACCCUUGGAGAGGUUGAGUUGCUGGAAUGGAAAAAUCUAUAUACUGGCGCUGAAAUCCCUUCUUGCGUUGGGGAUAGAGGCAGGGGAACAUUGAAGAGCAUUAAAAACAAACAAUGCUGAAACAAAUUGCAUAAAGGUGAUGAAUAGGAGGAUGAGGGGCAUUUUCUACUUCCAGAAAACAAAAAUAACCUCUGCAGUGUUGCCUAUAAACUCUCUUCUCAUGUAUUUUACUUCUCGUCUUCCUCUGCCCUCCAUUCCCACCCUGUGUUGCCAUGGCGCAGUGCAGCUCGAGUAUCCAUUGUUGGGUCACUGUGAUACGUGUGUGUGUGUUGCGGGAGAAAGAUGUGUAUUUCUUUUUAAGGGGGGAGGACAAUACAGCUGUACCUGUGACUAAUGAGGGGUAGGAUGAAACUGGGGGAAUCCAGUGCCUCAAUUCACAAUACUUCACCUAGCAAUAGUGGGGAUUGCCCCAAUUUUCUUCUUGGCUUGCGUUUGCUAAGAAAUGUGGUCAGAAUACUGUCCUGAGGCCUGGGUUAAAAACCAGGGUGCAAACCUCUCCCACUGGGUCUGGAAUAGGAUUGUUCAUCUCUUCCCCAUAACCCCUUCUCCAGUCUCAUGUAUAUUCAUAUUCAAAACAAGGCUGGGGUUGGAAAGGUCUCUUUGAAACCUCCCUGCCUUGUAUUAGCAAUUGGGGUACCAUCCUGUCAGCCCAGCCUCCCUCCUGAAACCGAGGAACUAAUCAGAAGGUGUGUAUAUGCCAAACUUGGAAUAUGAAACACUCUUUGGAUCUGGGAGGUGGGUCUCCACCCCGCAACUCCAAAAUGGUGGGUACAACAGGGUUGAAAUUGUAUCUGCCCUCCCACCUCUGUCUUUAAAUAUGGGGACCUUCUGACUGUGCAAUACGUCUGCUUCAUGAAUUAUUUUAUAUACACAAAAAUGAAUUAUGUACAUAAUUAAAACAUCUUGUGUUAACCCACUGCUAAUGGCAUUAAACCUGUCAAGGAGACACCACUGUUCAAUAAAGAAAUUUAGAUAUG